CGCGGCGGGAGGAGGGAGGGGAGCGGGAGGCGGCCAUGGACGACCUGGGCUGCCCGCGGUGCAAGACCACCAAGUAUCGCAACCCCUCCCUGAAGCUGAUGGUGAACGUCUGCGGGCACACGCUAUGCGAGAGCUGUGUGGAGCUGCUGUUUGUGAGAGGGGCUGGGAACUGCCACGAGUGUGACACCCCCCUGAGGAAGAGUAACUUCAGGGUGCAGCUCUUUGAGGAUCCUGCUGUCGACAAGGAAGUGGAAAUCCGGAAGAAAGUGCUGAAAAUAUACAAUAAAAGAGAGGAAGACUUUCCCACCCUAGAUGAAUAUAAUGAUUUCUUGGAAGAAAUAGAAGAAAUUGUAUUUAACUUGACCAACAAUGUGGACUUGGAGAACACCAAAAAGAAAAUGGAGCUGUAUCAAAAGGAUAACAAAGAAGUCAUUCAGAAGAAUAAGUUAAAACUGACACGGGAGCAGGAAGAGCUGGAGGAGGCUCUGGAGGUGGAGCGGCAGGAAAGCGAACAAAGGCGGCUGUUCAUACAGAAGGAAGAGCAGCUACAACAGAUGAUAAAAAGGAAGAAUAAACAGGCACUUCUGGAUGAUCUGGAGAGCUCUGAUCUUCCUGCCUCUCUGCUCUUAGCUCAGCAUAAGGACAGAUCUACUCAGCUAGAAAUGCAGCUGGAAAAACCCAAACCUGUCAAACCAGUCACGUUUUCCACUGGCAUCAAAAUGGGUCAGCAUAUUUCAUUAGCUCCCAUUCAGAAGUUAGAGGAAACUUUGUAUGAGUAUCAGCCUCUGCAAGUGGAGACAUACGGACCACAAGUUCCAGAGCCUGAAAUGUUGGGAAGGCUGGGGGAUGGUUUUUUUCUUUCCCUUUUUUUUUUCAGGGAUCUUAACGAAACAUUAGACUUCCUGCCCAACCAACAUUUUGUUUGGGUGGAUAAGCUGCAAUUUUUGGUCCUCUUGCCUUUAUAGAUCUAUUGAGAGCUGGACUGGAUUGCAUUAGUGUUUUUAAGGUUGUCCUUGGCAGUCGUAGUGAAGUAGCUGUUCAUUUUCAGUUGCACGGUAUUAAAAAAUAAAUAAAUAAAAAUCUGGGGCUUAAUUUACCCAGCUGUAAGCCAGUAAAAAUAUUAAAGUUGGGCUCUUUGCCAUGGAAAAGGGUAGAUUUACUUGUCGGCUGCUGUCUACAGUCAAACUGUGUUUGUGAGAAAUGAAGCACAGAGCUUAACUUUGUCAAAAAAUAUAAUGCAGGGCUGGUCCAGCAGCUUGGCGGCAUCGUGGUGUGCAGCCAUGUGUGGGAGGGAGCUUGGGAGCCUUCUGUGCCUGGGUAAGGCAGGUUAGGAAGUCCAAAAGUGAUGUGUCUGCUCUCUAGAGACGUGUUCAUAGCUGAAAUGCCACCUGAAAACUGCAGCUGCUGGGGGAGUGUCACCCAGCUCAUCACAGGCUGACCCCCAGGUCAUCAGCGCUUCCAGUGCGUGGAAAACUGCAUGGCAGGAAGAAUGUGCA